GCGGGUAAGGGCGAAGGGCCGGGGCGAAGGCCAGGGUGAGUCCUGGGACCGCCCAUCGCCCGCCCAUCGCCCGUCCCCGGUAGUCUUGCGAACCGGAGCCCGGGGCCGCCUCUGGUUCCGCCUACGGAUUACGUCAAGGCACACCCCGCCCUCCGGAGGGAACAGUACGCAUGCUUUGUGCGGCGUCACGCACGCGCUCUCUCCCUUGACCUCUGACCCGCCGGCCGCCCUUGAGCUGGGGGCCGCGGGGCCAGGAAGCAGCAGCUCACGACCCCGAGGCAGAGCGGCCACCAUGGCCAAAUACCUGGCCCAGAUCAUUGUGAUGGGGGUGCAGGUGGUGGGCAGGGCCUUUGCCCGAGCCCUGCGGCAGGAGUUUGCAGCCAGCCGGGCAGCAGCUGACGCUCGGGGACGUGCUGGACACCAGUCUGCAGCUGCCUCCAACCUGUCCGGCCUCAGCCUCCAGGAGGCACAGCAGAUUCUCAAUGUCUCCAAGCUGAGCCCCGAGGAGAUCCAGAAGAACUACGAACACCUAUUCAAGGUGAACGACAAAUCCGUGGGUGGCUCCUUCUACCUGCAGUCCAAGGUGGUCCGAGCCAGGGAGCGCCUGCAGGAGGAGCUCAGAAUCCAGGCCCAGGAGGACAGAGAGAAGGAGCAGAUGCCCAAAACGUGACCACUCAGCCCCUCCUGCACCCUGCCCACCACCUCUAAUUUAUAGCUCGGUAAUAAAUGUCUUUUCCGCA